GGCAGUUGUGAAAUAACAUCAUGUGCUGGCAUUUAGGUUGUCAAAGAUAUUGUGAAAAUUUGACUGUUUUAUGCUCUUAAAUUUACAAAAUACAUAAGUUUUGAAGAGACUGAAAUUUGUCAAAAAAUGUACGAGCUCGUAGUCUGAUUUAACACUUCCUACGUAUGAAAUUUAAAAGUUAGUCCAUAACAAACACCAUUAAUACCCCACAUAGGCUCAAGACAAAAAUGCCUUUUUUUGGAAAAUCGCAAAAAGGACCCGCCGAAGUGGUGAAAACUUUAAAGGAGGCACUUCACGCACUAGAGAAAGGAGAGAAAAAAGCUGAGAAAGCACAAGAAGAUGUUUCAAAAAACUUAGUGCUAAUAAAAAAUAUGUUGUAUGGCACCUCUGAUUCAGAACCACAAACUGAUAUCAUAGUCGCGCAGCUUGCUCAAGAGCUCUAUAACAAUAAUUUGUUGCUACUGCUAAUUCAAAACUUGGGUCGUAUUGAUUUUGAGGGAAAAAAAGAUGUAGCUCAAGUUUUUAAUAAUAUCCUGAGAAGACAAAUAGGAACAAGAUCUCCCACUGUGGAAUACAUAUGUACUAAACCAGAAAUUUUAUUUACACUUAUGCGCGGUUAUGAGCAUCAAGAAAUUGCCUUAAACUGUGGAACUAUGUUGAGAGAAUGUGCUCGGUAUGAGGCCUUGGCAAAAAUAAUGCUGUAUUCUGAAGAUUUUUAUAAUUUUUUUGAUUAUGUGGAGGUGUCAACUUUUGAUAUUGCUUCAGACGCUUUUUCAACUUUUAAAGAAUUGUUAACAAGGCACAAGAUGUUAUGUGCUGAAUUUUUAGAAGUUAAUUAUGAUAAAGUGUUUAAUCAUUACCAAAAGCUUUUAAAUUCUGAAAACUAUGUCACAAGACGCCAAAGUCUUAAGUUGCUGGGUGAACUAUUACUCGAUAGGCAUAACUUUACUGUUAUGACGAGGUAUAUAUCAAAUCCCAAUAACUUGAAACUUAUGAUGAAUAUGCUAAAAGAGCGGUCUAGAAAUAUCCAGUUUGAGGCCUUCCAUGUUUUUAAGGUAUUUGUAGCAAAUCCAAAUAAACCAAAACCAAUUCUAGAUAUUUUAUUAAGAAAUCAAGACAAAUUGGUAGAAUUUUUAAUGAGAUUUCACACAGAUCGGGCAGAAGAUGAACAAUUUAAUGAUGAGAAAGCUUAUCUGAUUAGGCAAAUCAAAGAGCUUAAACCACUACCAGUACAUUAAUUUAGUAUUUCAUCUAAUUUUUUUUUAUGAAUAUAAUUUUUGAUUGUAAUAUUUUGUUGACAUAUUUCCAUUUUUUAUUAUAGUUAUUAUUAUUACUACAGUACGACAAAAAUACAAUCGUUAAUUACAAAAUUAUAAUGCUUGCUGUAUUAAAAUAAAAUAUAUUUACUAUUUAUCUCAGCUUAAAGAGUAUUAAUUAAUAGCAUCUAUAAUUCGAGACUAGUUAGAACUUAAUUUAUUAGAUUUUUGUCGUAUUAUUCCGUAUAAUUUGCCAAGGCUACAAAACAUCUUUUCUAUUUUGUAAAUAUUAGCAUCAAAAUUAUGGUAAAGUUGUAUCAGAAAUAAAUAAGUUUUACUUUGUU